AUGCCCGUGGAGGGGCUGGGUAUGCCGAAGUUCCAUAAUAAAUUGCGGGCGGUAAAAGGCUGUCUGCAAACAUGGAAUGUACAGGUCUUUGGUAAUGUUUUUAACAAAGUGAAGGAGGCUGAGGCUGUUAUGAAACAAAGGGAGGAACAUUUUGACAAGGAGAGGGAUUCAGUUUCCAGAGCAGAACUGGAGGAGGCAAAGGCGGCUUAUGCAAGGAGCUUGGCAGUGGAGUGUGAGUACUGGAGACAAAAGUCGGGCAUCAAAUGGUUGCAGGUUGGGGAUGCUAAUUCGGCAUACUUCCAUUCUCGUUGCCAACGCCGAAGUUAUAAUUUUGUGGCCGUAUUAAAGAGCAAUCUGGAGCAUGGCUGGAGGAUAUACAUGAUAUUAGGCGAUAAUGACAGGUUAGGUGCCUUGCCUGGAAUGGAAGAAUUGAAGGGGGUGGUCUUUGCUUUGGAUGCAGAUAGUGCUCCGGUCCGGAUGGGUUUGGGGCAGGUUUUUACCAGGUGUGCUGGGAUAUUAUUAAAUCUGAUUUAUUGGAGGCGGUACAGGCCUUUUUCCAAGACAGGGUUUGUGCCAGGUCGGGGGAUAACGGACAACAUUCUUCUUACUCAGGAGUUGGUGGUGGAUCUGGAUAGGCGGUUGAGGCACCCAAAUCUUAUGCUAAAAUUGGAUAUGGAAAAGGCGUAUGACAGGGUCGAAUGGCCUUUUCUUUUGUUUAUGCUUCGGAAGUUUGGAUUUGCUGAACAUGUGGGUGACCCGGUUUCUCCUGGCCUUUUUGUGUUAAUUGCGGAGUUUUUAGGCCGUGGGCUGCACCAUCUCCUGGAUAGUCAGCCGCACAGGCGGUUUGUUUCAGCAGGGACAGUAGUCCCCUACCUGGCCUUCGCCGAUGACAUGCUCAUUUUCACAAGAUGUUCAGAGGAGUGCUUGUCUGCGCUCAAGGGUUUUCUUUCGGACUAUCAGAAGAGCAUUAGGACAGAGAGUAAAUGUCACCAAGAGUUCUUUUUUCUUGCCGUCAUGGGCUUCUCCGGGCUAGGAGCAGUGUUGGAUCCUCCCAAGGCUGUGCUCACUAGGCUGGGCGUACUUUGUAAUUCCUUUCUAUGGGACCAGAACGGGGAGAGGCGCAUUCAUUGGUCCUCCUGGGAUAAUUUGUGCUUUCCUGUUGACGAAGGGGGCCUGGGUUUCCGCUCUUUCAGGGACAUGGCGCGAGCUUUCUCCGCUAAAUUGUGGUGGCGGUUCAGGCUGGGAACUUCUGUUUGGGCAGAAUUCAUGCACGCCAAAUAUGUCAACGGUUGUCAUCCAGCGGACGCGGCACCCGUGCGACCUUCGGCGAUUUGGAGGCGUCUUCAGGCGAUACGUCCCAUGGUUGAGCCGAGCAUUAGGUGGUGUUUAGGGGAUGGUUUGGUGGAUUUUUUGAAAGAUCGCUGGGUCCUUCAUGAGCCUUUGGAGAGUGUGGUGGUUCGGCCUGAUCAUCCUCACUUCCUUGUCUCCGAAUUUAUUACGUUGGAUGGGUGGGAUGAAUUGCGUCUUGCCCAAUGGGUCCCGAGUUUUGUCAUCCAGGCUAUCAAGGACACGCCAUUCGACGUAUCUCAGAAAGAUAGGAUGGUUUGGCUACCUUCUCCGACGGGUUGCUUCUCGGUUAAGUCGGCAUGGGAGGUGCUCCGACAAAGAGGCAGUAUUCCUUGGUUGACUCACUGCUAUGGUCUUCGAUGUGGUGCUGUUAUCUGGAGGAGGAAGACCUUUUGCAUGUCUUCUUUAAGGGCCCGGUGGCCUCCGAGGUGUGGCGGAGGAUGUCUGCCCGUUUUGGUUUUCGAUUAUCCAAUUGCUUGGGAACCAGGAGCGUUUCCGCGGCUUCCAUUGGGGAGUGACAGGGUCAUUUGCGAGGUAGACCAUUUCUUGGAGGGGCUUGGGAAGGCUAAUUUGUUUCGUCGGUCGCACUUCAACGGAGAUGUCGAUUGUGACUUACUUCGUUUGGUUACCACGCCGCCGCGGCGGAGGAUCCCUCGGGCGGUUAUGUGGGAAAAGCCGCCUUUUGGUUUGCUUAAAUUGAACUCGGACGCCAGUGUGAAGCAUGGCAGGGCCACGGGUGGGGGCUAG